AUGGGCAAGGAAAAGACUCACGUUAACGUCGUCGUCAUCGGUCACGUCGACUCUGGAAAGUCGACCACCACCGGUCACUUGAUCUACAAGUGCGGUGGUAUCGAUAAGCGUACCAUUGAAAAGUUCGAGAAGGAAGCCGCUGAACUCGGCAAGGGUUCCUUCAAGUAUGCGUGGGUGCUUGACAAGCUCAAGGCUGAGCGUGAGCGUGGUAUCACCAUCGAUAUCGCGCUCUGGAAGUUCGAGACUCCCAAGUACAUGGUCACUGUCAUUGACGCCCCCGGACACCGUGAUUUCAUCAAGAACAUGAUCACUGGUACCUCCCAGGCUGAUUGCGCUAUCCUCAUCAUUGCUGGUGGUACUGGUGAAUUCGAAGCUGGUAUCUCCAAGGAUGGUCAGACCCGCGAGCACGCUCUCCUUGCUUUCACCCUCGGUGUGCGUCAGCUCAUCGUCGCUGUCAACAAGAUGGACACCACCAAGUGGAGCGAGGACCGUUUCAACGAAAUUAUCAAGGAAACCUCCAACUUCAUCAAGAAGGUCGGCUACAACCCCAAGCAGGUCGCCUUCGUCCCCAUCUCUGGCUGGCACGGUGACAACAUGUUGGAGGAGUCCGCCAACAUGCCUUGGUACAAGGGCUGGACCAAGGAGGGCAAGGCUGGUGCCGUCAAGGGCAAGACCCUCCUCGAUGCUAUCGAUGCUAUCGAGCCCCCCGUCCGUCCCUCCGACAAGCCUCUCCGUCUCCCCCUCCAGGAUGUCUACAAGAUCGGUGGUAUCGGAACAGUCCCCGUCGGUCGUGUCGAGACUGGUGUCAUCAAGGCCGGCAUGGUUGUUUCGUUCGCUCCUGCCAACGUGACCACUGAAGUCAAGUCGGUCGAAAUGCACCACGAACAGCUCGUUGAGGGUGUCCCUGGAGACAACGUCGGAUUCAACGUCAAGAACGUUUCGGUCAAGGAUAUCCGCCGUGGCUACGUCGCCUCUGACAACAAGAACGACCCCGCCAAGGAGGCUGCUUCCUUCAACGCCCAGGUCAUCGUCAUCAACCACCCCGGUCAGAUUGGUGCUGGUUACGCUCCAGUUCUCGAUUGCCACACUGCCCACAUUGCCUGCAAGUUCGCCGAGCUCAUCGAGAAGAUCGAUCGCCGAACUGGUAAGGCCAUUGAGCAGAACCCCAAGUUCAUCAAGUCUGGUGAUGCUGCCAUCGUCAAGCUCAUCCCCAGCAAGCCCAUGUGUGUUGAGACCUACAACGAGUACCCUCCUCUUGGUCGUUUCGCCGUCCGUGACAUGAGGCAGACUGUUGCCGUCGGUGUCAUCAAGGCUGUUGAGAAGACUGAUGGAAAGGGUGGCAAGGUCACCAAGGCUGCUGAGAAGGCCCAGAAGAAGAAGUAA